AAGAGCGUCGGGCCCGCCUCCUUCCAAUAGGGCUCCGGCGCGAACUGCGCCCUCCCGCGCUGCCGGCUCGCGCGGGCUCCGCAAGGCGCGCUGGCGGCGGCGGCGGGGCGGGGCGCGGCACGGCACGCGGGCCUGGGGCCUGCACGUGGUGGCGACCGUUCUUCCCACCCGGCCAGGUCCCCGGGGACCACCGCGCUCACGGGGAGAGGGAAUGCCGUUCCCGGGCCCCGCUCCGGAGAGGGGUUUUACCCUCGGGGGCCCCGGAAUUGGAGAGGUUUUAUACACCUGAAAGAAGAGAAUGUCAAGACGAAGUAGCCGUUUACAAGCUAAGCAGCAGCCCCAGCCCAGCCAGACGGAAUCCCCCCAAGAAGCCCAGAUAAUCCAGGCCAAGAAGAGGAAAACUACCCAGGAUGUCAAAAAAAGAAGAGAGGAGGUCACCAAGAAACAUCAGUAUGAAAUUAGGAGGUCAGCAGGAAGGCGCUUAUCUUUGGGUGGUUUCUAUGUGCCCGAAUCCUACUACAGCUGCAGAAAUUGUUGGCCACCUGUAUUAUCUGGGGGUAUCAGUCCUUGCAUUAUCAUUGAAACACCUCACAAAGAAAUAGGAACAAGUGAUUUCUCCAGAUUUACAAAUUACAGAUUUAAAAAUCUUUUUAUUAAUCCUUCACCUUUGCCUGAUUUAAGCUGGGGAUGUUCAAAAGAAGUCUGGCUAAACAUGUUAAAAAAGGAGAGCAGAUAUGUUCAUGACAAACAUUUUGAAGUUCUGCAUUCUGACUUGGAACCACAGAUGAGGUCCAUACUUCUAGACUGGCUUUUAGAGGUAUGUGAAGUAUACACACUCCAUAGGGAAACAUUUUAUCUUGCACAAGACUUUUUUGAUAGAUUUAUGUUGACACAAAAGGAUAUAAAUAAAAAUAUGCUUCAACUCAUUGGAAUUACCUCAUUAUUCAUUGCUUCCAAACUUGAGGAAAUCUACGCUCCUAAACUCCAAGAGUUUGCUUAUGUCACUGAUGGUGCUUGCAGUGAAGAGGAUAUCUUAAGGAUGGAACUCAUUAUAUUAAAGGCUUUAAAAUGGGAACUUUGUCCUGUAACAAUCAUCUCCUGGCUAAAUCUCUUUCUCCAAGUUGAUGCUCUUAAAGAUGCUCCUAAAGUUCUUCUACCUCAGUAUUCUCAGGAAACAUUCAUUCAAAUAGCUCAGCUUUUAGAUCUGUGUAUUCUAGCCAUUGAUUCAUUAGAGUUCCAGUACAGAAUACUGACUGCUGCUGCCUUGUGCCAUUUUACCUCCAUUGAAGUGGUUAAGAAAGCCUCAGGUUUGGAGUGGGACAGUAUUUCAGAAUGUGUAGAUUGGAUGGUACCUUUUGUCAAUGUAGUAAAAAGUACUAGUCCAGUGAAGCUGAAGACUUCUAAGAAGAUUCCUAUGGAAGACAGACAUAAUAUCCAGACACAUACAAACUAUUUGGCUAUGCUGGAAGAAGUAAAUUACAUAAACACCUUCAGAAAAGGGGGACAGUUGUCACCAGUGUGCAAUGGAGGCAUUAUGACACCACCGAAGAGCACUGAAAAACCACCAGGAAAACACUAAAGAAGAUAACUAAGCAAACAAGUUGGAAUUCACCAAGACUGGGUAGAACUGGUAUCACUGAACUACUAAAGUUUUACAGGAAAAUAGUGUUGUGAUUGAUUGUCCUAGCCAAUUCAGAAGUUACACUGCCAUUCUUUGAUUUUAAAACUUACAAUUGGCACUAAAGAAUACAUUUAAUUAUUUCCUAUGUUAGCUGUUAAAGAAACAGCAGGACUUGACUUGUUUACAAAGAUGUCUUCAUUCCCAAGGUUACUGGAUAGAAGCCAACCACAGUCUAUACCAUAGCAAUGUUUUUCCUUUAAUCCAGUGUUACUGUGUUUAUCUUGAUAAACUAGGAAUUUUGUCACUGGAGUUUUGGACUGGAUAAGUGCUACCUUAAAGGGUAUACUAAGUGAUGAUAUAGUACUUUGAAUCUAGUUGUUAGAUUCUCAAAAUUCCUACACUCUUGACUAGUGCAAUUUGGUUCUUGAAAAUUAAAUUUAAACUUGUUUACAAAGGUUUAGUUUUGUAAUAAGGUGACUAAUUUAUCUAUAGCUGCUAUAGCAAGCUAUUAUAAAACUUGAAUUUCUACAAAUGGUGAAAUUUAAUGUUUUUUAAACUAGUUUAUUUGCCUUGCCAUAACACAUUUUUUAACUAAUAAGGCUUAGAUGAACAUGGUGUUCAACCUGUGCUCUAAACAGUGGGAGUACCAAAGAAAUUAUAAACAAGAUAAAUGCUGUGGCUCCUGCCUGACUGGGGCUUUAUUGACAUGUAGUUGCUUGGUAAUAACCUUUUUGUGUAUCACAAUUUGGGUGAAAAACUUAAGUACCCUUUCAAACUAUUUAUAUGAGGAAGUCACUUUAUUACUCUAAGAUAUCCCUAAGGAAUUUUUUUUUAAUUUAGUGUGACUAAGGCUUUAUUUAUGUUUGUAAAACUGUUAAGGUCCUUCCUAAAUUCCUCCAUUGUGAGAUAAGGACAGUGUCGACGUGAUAACACUUGACCUAAACUUCUAUUUUCUUAAGGAAGAAGAGUAUUAAAUAUAUACUGACUCCUAGAAAUCUAUUUAUUAAAAAAAAAAGACACAAAAACUUGCUGUACAUAGGCUAUUUCUAAAUAUUUUAAAUUAGCUUUUAAAAAAAAAAAUCCAACCUCAUAAAGUAGAUUAGAAAACUAGAUUGCUAGUUUAUUUUGUUAUCAGAUAUGUGAAUCUCUUCUCCCUUUGAAGAAAUUAUAAAUUUAAGCUAUUAUGGUAUGAAGUCUUCUGUAUAGUUUGUUUUUAAACUAAUAUUUGUUUCAGUAUUUUGUCUGAAAAGAAAACACCACUAAUUGUGUACAUAUGUAUUAUAUAAACUUAACCUUUUAAUACUGUUUAUUUUUAGCCCAUUGUUUAAAAAAUAAAAGUUAGAAAAAUUUAACUGCUUAAAAGUAAA